CUGAUCACUCUCUCUACUCUCUUUCUACGCAGUAAAUCAACAAUUGAAGCUAUCCAAAAGUCACGAAUAUAGAUCCCGACUCUACGGCUAACUACGCAAUACUCUAUAUGAACUCCCGCAAGGCUACACCACUACUAAAGUAAGAUCUACGAUCCCGAUCCCAUUAACUGCAAUAGUAUUGGGCAGAGUCCUUCCGUCUCUCUCCGCACACAAGGGCAGCACAGUGAGGGGCAACCUCGGGAUUGGAUAAAACAUGGGGAAAGUCGGGAUGACGCCCUGGGGGAUUCCCAGAACCUGAUCUCGUGAGAAGCGCUACUACGGUUACUCGCGGUGAGGCUCCACCGGGCGUCAGUUUGGGGGCUACUCUCCCGCAAUUACACGCACAGUUGCUGGGUUGGUUGACUUUCUAUCUGGUGUUUCUAUCUUGUGAUUCUAUAAAAUGUGUGCACGUGACGUUGGCGACUGAGAAUUUUAGUUGUUGCCUUAGGCAUCAAGCAUUGACGACACUACACGUGACGUAGUCAAUUGCGAAACCUUAUUGCAGCCUCAGGCACCAACCCCAUCACUAAUCCCGAACGGCACUUACCGCAGUCCCUGGAGCUGCGCAACGAGCUAUGUUGCCUUUGGUGAUCAAAGCUCUCCAGCAUCAACGCGCCUUCCAAACCAUCACAACCUAAUUCCUCAACUCCCUCACCCACCACCUCAGAUCAAUCGAUCUACCCUUGCUCUCCCACUUCAGACACCGCCCGCUACUUUCUUAUCAACACCCGGAGGAUAGACAGAGCUCGCUCGUCCACAGGGCCACGCACGCUACACCCAGCCCGCGAACCGCUCUCACCCCGGCCCAACCUCACCAUGUCAGACGAGGCGCGCCAGCACUCCCUCUCCUCCUUCAAGACUAAGCUGCUGGAGUCGAGGGAGUGGGAGGCUAAGCUAAAGGCGCUGCGGUUGGAUAUCAAGGGGUUGCAGAAGGAUUAUGAUCAUACUGAGGAUAACCUGAAGGCAUUACAAAGCGUAGGGCAGAUUAUCGGGGAGGUCCUGAAGCAGUUGGAUGAUGAGAGAUUUAUCGUAAAGGCCUCCUCAGGCCCCCGCUACGUCGUCGGCUGCCGCUCAAAAGUCGACAAGGAGAAGCUCAAGCAAGGCACCCGCGUCGCGCUCGACAUGACAACCCUAACAAUCAUGCGCAUGCUCCCUCGCGAGGUCGACCCGCUCGUCUACAACAUGUCUCUCGAGGACCCCGGACAGGUCAGCUUCGGCGGGAUCGGCGGACUGAACGAGCAGAUCAGGGAGCUGAGAGAGGUCAUCGAGCUACCGCUCAAGAACCCGGAGCUGUUCCUGAGAGUUGGGAUUAAACCCCCGAAGGGCGUGUUGUUAUAUGGGCCGCCGGGGACGGGGAAGACGUUGUUGGCGAGGGCGGUGGCGUCGGGGUUGGAGACGAAUUUCUUGAAGGUCGUCUCCUCCGCCAUCGUCGACAAAUACAUCGGCGAAUCCGCGCGCCUCAUCCGCGAAAUGUUCGGCUACGCCAAAGAGCACGAGCCCUGCAUCAUCUUCAUGGACGAGAUCGACGCCAUCGGCGGGCGCCGCUUCUCCGAGGGCACCUCCGCCGACCGCGAGAUCCAGCGCACGCUCAUGGAACUCCUCAACCAGCUCGACGGCUUCGAUUACCUCGGCAAGACCAAGAUCAUCAUGGCGACGAACCGUCCGGAUACGCUUGACCCGGCCUUGCUGAGAGCGGGGCGCUUGGAUAGGAAGAUUGAGAUCCCGUUGCCGAAUGAGGUGGGGAGGUUGGAGAUUAUGAAGAUUCAUGCCGCGGGGGUGGUGACGGAGGGGGAGAUUGAUUUCGAGAGUGUGGUUAAGAUGAGUGAUGGGUUGAAUGGGGCGGAUUUGAGGAAUGUUGUUACCGAGGCUGGCCUCUUCGCCAUCCGCGACUACCGCGACGCAAUCAACCAAGACGACUUCAACAAAGCCGUCCGCAAGGUCGCGGAAUCAAAGAAGCUGGAGGGCAAGCUCGAGUACCAGAAGCUGUAAUGUAGGCUAGCUACGGGGAGGGUUGAGGUUCGGCUUGGGCUCUAGCGUAUAGAGAGGGGAGGAAAGGAGGGUGAAGCAGGGGCAGUUCACGUUUGUAGGAUGGCGCGCGUGCGGGGCAUUGGUAUUGGCAGGACGGGG